UCUACAGGGGGUCUUGACCUUAUCUUCAUGCCAGGCCUUGGAUUUGACAAAAAAGGCAACAGAUUGGGAAGAGGGAAAGGAUAUUAUGAUACCUAUCUUGAAAGAUGCAUGAAACAUCCCACUGGAAAGCCUUACACGAUUGCCUUGGCUUUUAGGGAACAGAUUUGUGAAUCAGUGCCUGUGGCAGAAAAUGAUGUCCGAGUGGAUGAAAUCCUUUAUGAAGACUGCUGA